AUGGACCAAGGCGAGCCUGGCGACGCAGACAAAAGCAUGCUCUUGCAUUACGCCGCCCCCGCAUCUUCGUGGUCUGAGGCUCUUCCCAUUGGCAACGGGCGGCUGGGAGCUAUGGUCUACGGGCGAACGUCGACCGAGCUGCUCCAACUCAAUGAGAACUCUGUUUGGUAUGGCGGCCCGCAGGACAGAACACCACGCGAUGCGCACAAGAGUUUACCUACUUUGAGACAACUGAUCAGAGAUGAGAAGCACAAGGAUGCAGAAGAUCUUGUGAAAGAGGCGUUCUUUGCCACGCCAUCAAGCAUGAGACACUAUGAGCCACUGGGCCAAUGCAAGAUUGAGUUUAAUCACGAAGAGAGUGAAGUGACCGAUUAUACGCGGUAUCUUGACCUGGAGACUUCCCAAGUCACGACACUUUACAAGCACAACGGUAGAUCAUAUCGCCGCGAUAUAAUUGCCAGCUUCCCGGAUAGUGUACUCGCCAUCCAAGUUCAAGCAUCCGAAAAAAGCCGCCUCGUUAUAAGGUUGAAUCGACUGAGCGAGAACGAGGGAGAGACCAACGAGUACCUCGACAGCAUCUUCGCGCAAGACUCGCGAAUCAUUCUCAACGCAACACCUGGCGGCGCAAACAGUAAUCGUCUGUCUCUCGUUCUUGGAGUUUCAUGUAAGCCAAGCCAUGGGAGUGUUGAGGCGGUUGGAAAUUGUCUGAUUGUAAACGCGACCAAAUGUGUUAUUGCCGUUGGGGCGCAUACCACGUUCAGAAAAGAAGACCCCGAAAGGUCCGCUCUUUUGAAUGUUGAUGAUGCUCUUCAAAAGCCAUGGGAAACCCUCGUCCGUCGCCAUCGAUGCGAUUAUACCAACCUUUUUGGCCGAAUGUCCCUUCGGUUAUACCCUGACGCGAACCACCUACCAACAAAUAAGCGGAUCAUCAGCAACAGAGACCCAGGCCUAGUGGCACUUUAUCACAAUUACGGUCGAUAUCUGCUCAUCUCGUCAAGCCGAAACUCUGAAAAAGCUCUACCGGCAACAUUACAAGGAAUAUGGAACCCUUCCUUUUCACCGCCCUGGGGAUCCAAGUUCACCAUCAACAUCAAUCUCCAAAUGAACUACUGGCCAGCCAUACCAUGCAGUCUAAUCCAGUGUGCUAUACCACUCAUCAGCCUCCUUGAACGCAUGGCGGAAAGAGGCAAGAGAACAGCCAAGAUGAUGUACAACUGCAAAGGAUGGUGCGCUCAUCACAACACUGACAUAUGGGCUGAUACGGACCCCCAAGAUCGGUGGAUGCCUGCUACUAUCUGGCCGCUCGGGGGAGCUUGGUUAUGCACCGAUGUUGUCAGAAUGCUCAUAUAUCAGUACGAGCCCACGCUGCACUGUCGCAUCGCCCCAAUCCUUGAAGGCUGCGUUCAGUUCCUUCUUGACUUUCUGAUUCCAUCAGCUUGCGGCAGAUACUUUGUCACCAACCCAUCCUUGUCCCCCGAAAACAGCUUUGUGUCUCAUUCAGGAGAAACAGGCAUCUUCUGUGAAGGGUCCGUGAUCGACAUGACGAUCGUGCGCAUUGCGUUUGAGAGUUUCCUCUGGAGCAUCAGUAUACUCGACCCCGAUCAUCCACUAAGGGACGAUGUCAUCGCAGCCCUCGAUAAGCUCCCUCCCAUGUCACUCAAUAAGGAUGGGCUCAUACAGGAAUGGGGCUUGAAGAAUCACAAGGAAGCUGAACCUGGACAUCGCCAUGUAUCACAUCUCUUUGGCCUAUAUCCCGAUGACUCUAUCAGUAUGGACUCGUCGCCGCUCCUGAUCAAGGCUGCGAAGAAGGUUCUCGCGAGGAGAGCGGAGCACGGAGGAGGGCAUACAGGCUGGAGCAGGGCAUGGCUAUUGAACUUUCACGCUCGUCUCAGAGACUCGGAGGGUUGUGACAACCACAUGGAUCUGCUGUUGAAAACAUCGACUUUACCAAACAUGUUAGAUAAUCAUCCUCCAUUCCAGAUUGACGGCAACUUUGGCGGAUGUGCUGGGAUCUUAGAGUGUCUGGUCCAAUCUACGCUAAGAUCUGAGCCGUCACGACAGGUCGUCGUGAUACACUUGCUUCCGAGCUUACCGUCAUCUUGGGCAGGUGGGAAGUUGACUCACGUCAGGGCUAUGGGAGGUUGGCUUGUUUCACUCGAGUGGAGGGCAGGCAUGCUCGUAAAGCCUCUAAAGGUGGAAGCAACUGUGAUGCAGGCUCCAGACGCUCUCAUUGUAUUUCCCAACGGGGACAAGGUUUGUGUGUCAAGUAAGAAAGCGGGCCAACAAAGUAUAUGGAAUGAAUAA